AUGCCUAAUAAGGAGGAAAAGAGAUCCUCUACAUCAUCUAGCAUACUUUCGAAAGAUUCGACUCCACUGGCCGCACUAGAGAAACGACUGACAGCCUGGGACCUUAAUCUGCCCGAAAAGGGCUGGGCGUCUCUGUACAACAGCGAUAAAGGCGGCAUCUCCGUAUCGAAAGAUAGCUCGUCGAUAUAUUCAGUCGAAUCUCUCAGCAAGCACAUUGAGUCGCCCAAAAAUGAGAACGAGAACGAGAACUCCCCGUACGAAGAGGUCCGUGCCGCGGUGCCAAACUACGAUGAAGUUGUACCGGUCAACACCAUCCGUGCUUGGGUCAUCGGGCUCAUGCUUUCUUUCAUGGGAGCUGCAGUCAAUACCAUUUUCUCACUGAGAAAUCCUGUUAUUGGCGUCGGUAUAAUCGUCGCACAGCUUGCUGCCUAUGUUCUAGGCAACGCCUGGGCAAGGUUCGUGCCUUCUAAGCAGUAUACAACCCUCGGUGUGCAGUGGAAUCUCAACCCGGGGCCUUUCAACGUCAAAGAGCACGCACUUAUCGUCGUCAUGGCCAACGUUUCGUUCGGCACUGCGUAUGCGACCGACAUUAUACUUGCGCAGAAGAUUUUCUACAAGCAGGACUUUGGAAUUGCCUUCCAAGUUCUCCUCACGAUCACCACAUCAAGCGUCGGCUAUGGCAUUGCAGGCGUACUCAGACGUUUUCUCGUUUAUCCGGCUGCCAUGAUCUGGCCUAGCAAUUUAGUCAGUGUCACGCUCCUGCAUGCCAUGCAUGAGAAAGGAGAAGAUCUAGACCCAACCGUCUUUGGCGGUAAGAUGACUAGGUAUAAAUGGUUCGGGAUAGUCUUCCUGGCUUCAUACGUGUACUACUGGAGACCUGGCUUCUUUGCACAGUUCCUUAGCAUCUUUGUAUUCAUCACUUGGAUGUUCCCACAAAAACCUGUUGUCAAUCAGCUUUUUGGUGGCACUUCCGGCCUGGGCCUUCUUCCUUUGACACUCGACUGGACCACGAUAACAGGCUUUACUGGCAACCCUAUGAUUCCUCCAUGGCACGCCAUUGCAAACAUUCUGCUUGGGGUCCUCAUCUUCUACAUAUUUGGGUGCCUGGGUCUACACUACAGUGGUACUUGGUUCGCACAGCACCUGCCAAUGAGGUGA